AUGUAAGAAAAUUAUGAAAAGAUCUAAUAUUCAAACCAUGAUUAACGUAUUCUUUAAAAAGAAGGAGAGGCAAUGCCUAUUAGAAUAACUAUAGAUUAUUCUAUGUUAGAUAAAAUGGAUUAGAAAAUAACCCGAUAAUAAAAAUAAUACUUAAAAGAAAUUAUGGAAACAUCAAAGCUAUUUUUGUAAAGACUUUUGAAAGUAUAACCAAUUAAAAAAAAUAACAUUUAUCCGGCAGAUUGGCCAAAUGAUUGUAUAGAAUUUGAUAUUCCUGAAAAUGAUAAAAAAAUUGGAAUUGCUAAUUCGGAUUUACACUUAUACAUAAUUUAUGAUAAUGAAUAUAUAGGGGAACUUGCAGAUGCCGUUUUGUGUGCUAUAUCUAAUGAAGGAAUCUAAAGACCGACGUUUGGAAGAGUUAAUUUUAACAUUAAAAGUAUGAAUAAAGAUGAUGGAGAACUAAAAUCUUUCCAGAAUGAUUUAGAAACAACUAUUCAUGAAAUAAUGCAUAUACUUGGUUUUUCAAAAAACAUGAUGUACUAUUGGUUAGAUCCUAUGACAAAAAAACCAUAUAAAGAUAGCUAUGAAAAUAAAUUAUUAAAAUAAAAAGUGUACUAAGGAAAAAAAAUUACUAUUUUAACUUCAUAAAAUGUGGUUGAAGUUACUAGAAAUUAUUAUAAUUGUAAUAAAGCAGAAGGAAUGUAUCUUGAAAAUACAGUAAAAAAUAUAUAAAUAAAUAUAUAAAUAUAUUAAUAUAAUUAUAAAAAUACUAUUAUAAUAUUUAUAUAUUAUUGUUUGAAUAAGGGCGGUGAAAGUACAAUUGAUUCUCAUUGGAAAAGAACAUUUAUUUUUAACGAAUUAAUGACUGGAUCUGAUUUAAAUGUUAAAAUUACUCUUUCUAUAUUUACAAUUGCUCUUUUAAAAGACACAGGUUUUUAUUCUGAAGUAAAUGAGAAUAUGGCCGGUUAGAUUUUUUGGGGCAAGGGUAAAGGUUGCGAUUUCUUUGAAAAGGCUUGCAUUACUACUAAUAAUUAAUUCCCUGAAUUUCCUAUAAAAUCAAAUGAUUUCUAAUGUUCAUUUGAGUAUGAAGGAUUUGGUGAUGUCAGAAAUAAUCAAGACUUAGACCAUUGUUAAAUAGUAUAUCCAGAAAUGGAAGAUCUUUGUACAAAUCCUAAUGCUAUAGAUGAUGAAGAAGAUUUAGAUAUGGAAGAGGAUAAAUUAUCUGAUUAUUCAACUCAAAGUAAAUGCUUCUAAUCUACAGCUGUUUAAGCCUCAUCUGAGUAUAUAUAUGAUAUUCCUGUUAGAUGUCAUAGAUUCAAAUGUUCUUCUGAUGCAUCUGAAAUAUCUGUUAUUUUCCCUGAUAUUUAAUUGCAAGUUUUAUGUGGAAUAGGGGAUUAAGGUAAAAAAAAGACUAUUGAUAGUAGUGGCAAAAAAGCUAAAGGUAAAAUCACAUGUCCUUCUGAUUAUAAUAGAUUUUGUAAUAGUUCCCGCAUAUGUCCAAAUUUUUGUUCUUAAAAAGGAGUCUGUGUAAACGGACAAUGCAUAUGCCAACCCGGAUAUGGAGGAGAAAAUUGUAUUAUAAAAUGCUCCGGAGUAGUCAAUGAUGGAAAGUGUAUAUAAUAAGGCACUUGUCCUUCAGGUAAAUUCAAGAACCCAGAUAAUACUUGCAAAUCAGAUUGUCCUUAAGGCCUAUAUGGAAAGAAUGGUAAUUGCGAACCAUGCCAUAGCAGUUGCUCUAGAUGUACAGGACCAUUACCUAAUCAGUGUAGUAAGUGUUAAUUUUUGACAUUAUUGCAAGAUAAUUAAUGUGUAGAUAAAUGUAAUGAGAAACAAGGAUAUAAACUUAAUUAAGCUUAGGGUAUAUGCGAGUCUUAGAUAUCCACAAUAUGUUAAGGAAAUUGCAAAACUUGCGAGAAAAUAAAUUCUCCUUUAUGUAUCACUUGCAAAUAAGGACAUUUAAAAUAAGCUGAUAAUUCGUGCUAAAAUACAUGUGCUAUGGGAUCUAAGUUAACUUAAGAUUCUUAAUAAUGUGUAAAACCUUUAGUUGGAUGUCUUUAAUAAAAAGAUUCUAAUACUUGUAUUACAUGUGAUACUGCUAAACGAUAUAGAUUAGGAUCAGAUAAAUAAUGUACGUUGUGCAAGGAAAAUUGCUCAUAAUGUAAUCCUAAUAAUCUAUCUGAGUGUCUUGUUUGCGAAGGACUUAAAUUUAAAAAUCAUGAUAGUAGUUGCGUAAAUUUAUGCCCUGGUGCUAGUUUUUAUUCUGAAAGUAUUGGAAAAUGCUAAUAAUGUCCUCAAAAAUGUUAAAAUUGCGAUGAAAAUGGUUGCAAAAAAUGUUAAGAUGGUUACUAUAUUGAUUUAAUAACUAAAGCUUGUACUUAAUGUCUUUCUAAAUAUAAUAAUUGCAAAAAUUGUGAUGAUCUCAUCUGUUUAUAAUGUAAUAACCUUUAAAAAUAAAAAUGCUAACAAAUCUCUGCUACAGAUGGAAAUAAAGGAAAUACUGUAAUUAAUGGUAACACA